AUGGCUCAGACUCUGACACAAGUUCGUGAAUGGAAUGCGACUCUAAAGUCCGCACGCCCGGAAACAGUGGCCGUCUUCGUCGGAGGUACCAGUGGCAUCGGGAAACACACUGCCAUCGAAUUAGCCGGCGCGGUUAAGAAACCUACUGUUUACAUUGUCGGUCGCAAUGAGGCUGCGGGCGCCCAAGUCGUCGAAGCGAUGAAAAAGGCCAACCCGAAUGGUUCUUAUGGAUUCAAGGCUGUCGACAUUUCCAACCUUCGCAACGUGGACGAAGCUUGCGAGGAACUGAGAACCUGCUUUGAAGGUCUAGACCUCUUGUUUCUCUCUGCUGGAGCCCUUGCAUUUAGCAAAAAUGAGACGCCUGCUGGGAUCGAUGUCAACCACAUGCUACGAUACUACUCUCGCAUGAGAUUCGUCGAGAACCUACUGCCUGCCCUCGAAGCCACAAAAUGUCCCCGCGUGGUUAGUAUUCUGGCAGGUGGUAAAGAAACUAUGAUUGAGGAAGACAACUUGGACCUAAGGAAGAAAUUCUCCCUUUCCGCCAGUAAUGGCUACCCGGCAUCUAUGACCUCGCUAGCUUUUGAGGUUCUCGCGUCGCAACACCCGUCCGUCAGCUUCCUUCACGUUUUCCCGGGCAUUGUGGCUACACCGCUCAUGAAAAACAGUAUGGGAUCUGUGGCGGGUACAAUCUUUGGAUUCUUAACGAAGCCUAUCUCGAUUUCAGCUCAGGAGAGUGGUGAAUGGCAGAUAUGGCUAUCGACUUCACCUAACUUCCCCCCCAAGAACUCCGGCCAGGGUGCCUAUGUCCUCAACUACGAUGGCAAGGACGUAACUAAUCAAUCUCUGAUGACUCAACUCCGAGACAAGGGAUUCCCUGAGAUUGUUUGGAAGCAUACGCAGGAUACCUUCACUCGAAUUCUUGCAUAG